AUGCAUGUAGUCUUUCUAAGCGCGUGCGUCUGUUUUUUGACAAUUAUCUUGUAUCAGCGCAGUAGGUCAAGAAAGCUGCAUGAUGAGCAACAAGUUUCCGAGGAAGUACUUCAACGAGGUGUCGUGCGUCUCCCCUAUGAUCUGCAUUGCCGCAUUUUGUCGCAUGUGGUUCGUUCGGUCGAUCUAACCAGUGACUUCCCGCAUCAGGGACUCUGGCGAAUACUGAGCGUAUCGCGCGACAUGUAUCACAAGAUGAUACCUGUUGCGUAUAGAGCACUGUAUUUACGUUCACCUGUAUCAGUCAAUCGAUUACGAUACACACUUGUUGUACAAUGCCCUUCUUACGCUACCUACGUGCAGCACAUUUCAAUAUGUCAUUGUGAAGACCUAGCACCUCUUGCUCUGGAGCAGCUGCUGCUGAGCACGACCCGUGUCAGCUCGAUGCACUUGGAUGUUGCUUCAGCCAAAGCAAUGUGCAUGACGCAAGCUGGGCGUCUAAGCAAAGGGGCCAAGCCAGUAAUUCUAUCUUGGGAUUUUACCACUGGUGCGCUUUUUUUCGAACUCGACCUUCUUUUCAGCUUUGACAUGUGGCAGCGUGUGGAAUCACUUUAUGUACGCGGUGAUCCUCGGCUGGCACAAGUCCUAAGCCACGGAUUAUGGCCGAAGCUGCGCCAGGUUCGCUGGUUCGUGCCGCUCACAAUGAUGAAAGACAUAUCUACUGUCGUCAUGGCGCAGGCGAUGCAGAAGUGGUCGAAUCGAGGCAUUUCCUUGGUAUGGGAUAACUCUGCUACAUGA